AAGAAAAAUGAAGUCUCUCUACCAGCAGCAACGCCGUUUCCUUCUUCUGAAUGUAAAUGAUCUGCGAAGGCUAUUCUUCUCCGAUCAAUCACGGAUUUCCAAAAAAGGUGAUCCUUCUAUGAAGUGGCCCUCACCUUCUUCAUCUCCUCUUUCUAACACCAGACCUCACCCAACUCCCACCUCAGGUUUCUCCCAAAACAAAAUUUCCAUCAUCUCCAAUCUCCUCAAAGACCCAGCCAUUACCUCCAGUUCAUCUUUCGAGUCCGCUUUGGACCAAACAAGGGUAGACCCUGAUCCGGAUCUGGUUCAAGCAAUAUUCGAGCGCUUUGAUUCUUCUCCAAAAUUGUUGCAUAAUUUAUUUCUUUGGGCUGAAAAGAAACCUGGGUUUGAAUCAUCUGCGACGUUGUUUAAUUCGAUGAUCAAUAUUCUUGGUAAAGCUAGGAAGUUUGAGGACGCCUGGACUUUGGUUCUUGAUCGGAUUGAUGUUGGGAAGGAGGACUCCAAUUUGGUUUCUGUCAAUACCUUUAUAAUUUUGAUCAGACGAUACGCUCGCUCUGGUAUGACUCAGCCUGCUAUCCGGACAUUUGAAUUUGCAAGCUGUUUAGAUAAAAUUUGCAGUUCUAAUGACAAAAGUAAUCUUUUUGAAAUAAUUUUGGACUCCCUAUGUAAGGAAGGGCACGUUGGGGUGGCAAGUGAAUAUUUCUCUAGAAAAAAGGAGACAGAUCUUUGUUGGGUUCCAUCAAUCAAGGUUUAUAACAUGCUAUUAAAUGGAUGGUUACGGUUGAGAAAGCUCAAGCAUGCAGAGAAACUUUGGUUGGACAUGAAAAAGAAUGGUGUGUCACCUAGUGUUGUAUCAUAUGGUACCUUAAUAGAAGGAUACUGUACAAUGCGUCGUGUUGAGAGGGCAAUGGAAUUGGUUGAUGAAAUGAAGGGAGUAGGAAUUCAGCCGAACUUAAAAGUAUAUAAUCCAAUUAUUGAUGCACUUGGGGAAGCAGGUAGGUUAAAGGAUGCAUUAGUGAUGAUGGGACGAGUUUUAUUCUGUGAACUUAGCCCUGAUAUUUCGACAUAUAACUCUUUAGUAAAAGGUUACUGCAAGUCCAAAGAUUUAGCAGGAGCUAGUAAAAUACUUAAGAUGAUGAUUAGCAGGGGUUGCAUCCCAACCACUACAACCUACAAUUAUUUCUUUCGAUAUUUCUUGAAAUUCAGGAAAAUUGAGGAAGCAAUGAACCUUUAUACAAAGAUCAUUCAGUCUGGUCAUACUCCUGAUCGGCUUACUUACCAGGUUUUGUUGAAGCUUCUGUGUGAGGAGGAGAGGUUGGACUUGGCAGUUCAGGUUAGCAAAGAAAUGAUGGUGAGGGGAUACGAUAGGGACUUGGCUUCUAGCACUAUGUUGGUUCAUUUGCUUUGCAAAAUGCAUAGGUUUGAAGAUGCUUUUUGGGAGUUUGAGGACAUGAUACAAAGGGGUUUGGCUCCACAAUACCUCACUUUCCAGAGAAUGAAUGAUGAGUUAAAGAAAAGGGGAAUGACAAAGAUGGCAAGUAAACUAUGUCGUAUAAUGAGUUCUAUCCAUUCUUCCAAAAAAUUGCCCAAUACAUAUGGUGGAGAUGAGGACUCGUCACAAGCAAGGAGGACAUCCAUAAAGCAGUUGUCUGAUAUGCUAAAAACAUGUAAUGAUCCGAGAGAACUUGUUAAGCAUAGAUUUUUAUCUGAAAAUGCUGUGUCAAGAGCUGGCCAGUUGAUUGAGAUUAUCAAGAAAAGAGCUAAAGAAACAAGUAUGAAUAGUUAAGGCCUAACUGCAAGGAAGCAACUACAAUGGAGCAGGCUUCAUGAAAUUUUGGAGCAGUUGUUAGAUGGCUUUUGUUAUCUCCGGGGAAAACAUAAUGGAAAUUGAUUGUGGAGAACUCUGUUUUGUGAUUAAGAUACCGUGUGAAAGCUCAUAUAUCUUUGAGUAUAAUAUUAGCAGCGGUAUGAUGAAAAUGAAAGGCCAUUUUUACACUGCACAUAUCGGUAUGUAGAAGACACGAUGAUAGAAAAGAUUGAUGUUCAAGCUGGAGGAUCUGAAGUAAAUGCAUUGAGUGCUUGCUUUUUAUUUGAAAUUGACUUUGAGAGAUUUCGAGGUUGCAAUUACUCAGCACUAUCUCUUCUUUUGUCAGUAUCACUAUUUUCAUUGUCAAAGAUGGAAUCACAAAUCUUAUUCUUGGAUUUGA